GUUGGGGAAAGUUUGCUCGCUUGACCCGUGCCCUCACAAGCAGCCGAGGCGUGCUGCAGCAGCUUGCUCCGAGCGUGCAGAAAGGAGAGAAUGUUCACAAGCAUUCACGACUUGCUGAGGUACUGCAGCUGGGCUCUGAAAUCCUCCCGCAGUACAAACAAGAGGCACCAAAGACUCCGCCGCAUAUAAUUUUGCAUUAUUGUGUUUUCAAGACUACCUGGGACUGGAUCAUCUUGAUUUUAACUUUCUACACUGCUAUUUUGGUCCCUUACAAUGUCUCCUUUAAAACAAAACAAAACAACGUGGCAUGGCUAGUAGUCGACAGCAUUGUAGAUGUUAUUUUUCUAGUAGACAUUGUGCUUAAUUUCCAUACCACCUUUGUGGGCCCAGCAGGAGAGGUGAUCUCUGACCCAAAACUGAUUCGCAUGAAUUACUUGAAGACCUGGUUUGUGAUUGAUCUGCUCUCAUGCUUGCCGUAUGAUGUCAUCAAUGCAUUUGAGAACGUCGAUGAGGGCAUCAGCAGCCUCUUCAGUUCACUUAAAGUGGUCAGGCUACUUCGGCUUGGUCGCGUAGCUCGGAAGUUGGACCACUACAUUGAGUACGGAGCAGCAGUCUUGGUUCUGCUGGUGUGCGUGUUUGGUCUAGCAGCACACUGGUUGGCCUGCAUUUGGUACAGCAUAGGAGACUAUGAAGUUAUCGAUGAGGAUACAAACACAAUCCGAACUGAGAGCUGGCUCUAUCAGCUGGGGAUGUCAAUAGGAACACCUUACCGCUUUAACACGUCAGGCUUUGGAAAAUGGGAAGGCGGACCAAGCAAAGAUUCGGUCUACAUCUCCUCGUUGUAUUUUACGAUGACCAGCCUCACCAGCGUUGGAUUUGGGAACAUCGCUCCGACUACAGAUGGAGAGAAGAUCUUUGCUGUUGCUAUGAUGAUGAUUGGCU